AAUUUUAAUCAAUGACUUCAGUUCGUCAACGGAGCUCGUAUUCAAAACACUAAACACUUUUUCUGCGAUGUAUGUUGAGUGAACGAAUGAAUACAAUAUCCGAUGCAGUGAAUUGCAUUUAUUUAAUUGUUGUUCGAUUAUUUUGUGAGUGACAGUUUUGCUUACGUUCGAACCAGUGGACUAUUGUGCAAAAAUAGACUAGGAAAAAAUAGACUAGAUCCUUUUUACGGAAAACAUAUCAUCAACAAUCGAUUGAAGUACGGAAAAUUAUCCAAGAAACAUGACAACGCUUAAAAUUUCAGAAGCAUUUGGUGUGCUUUUGCUUUUAGCAACAAUUGCUGCGAAUGUUGAAGGUCAGCAAAGGCAAUUUAAUCAGAUUGGAUCACAGAGCCAAGCUCAAAGUAAUGCUUUGACAAAUGCAAUCAAUGUUGCCGGCAUUCCAAUUACGAAUACUGUGUCCGGAUCGCAAGCAUCGUCAACGAGUGGUAGUAAUUCUGGAAGUCUAAAUGAACAAUUCAACUUGGGCGGCUUGGGUCUGAAUGCUGGCAUCAAUAGCGAUAAAGUUGGUACCGGAUUUGGAAUAAAUCGAAUGCCGGGUCAAAUUGGCUUUCAAUUAGGCGGUUUAAAUUUUGGACUAAAUAAUAAUGGUGGUUUGUUUGGCCAUUCACAAAAUACACAAACCCAAACAUCGGCCUCAUCGGCAGCAACCGGACAAGGUGCAACUUCAUCAUCUUCAUCGAAUACACAAUCGGGCGGUUUUCAACUAGGAAAUUUGUUUGAUAUUCAAAAUACAGUUUCAAGCUCCCAAGCACAAUCAACAUCGGUGGGGGGUCAAACUUCGGCCGCAGCUUCAGCAAAUACUGCAUCACAAAACACAAAUGCCUUUCAACCGAACCAACAAUAUCAACAACCAUCAGGAAAACCGUUUAAUCAGCCACAAACUAUUUCCAAUCCUUACAACCAAUAUUACUCAAAUCCCUACAUGUCAUCAAAUCCUUUUAAUAAUUUUUACAAUCCUUAUCAACAAUUCCAACAAUCAUAUUAUCCGCAAAAUACAUAUCCAAAUCAAAUGUAUGGCCAACAAUAUCAUCAACAUCCUCACUCACACCCACAUCCACAUCAACACCCAUCUCCACACCACCCACAUCAAUCGUAUCCAUAUCAACAGUAUUCGACCCAACAAUAUCCCAUAUCACCAGUACAACAACAACCAACACCAGGACCACAGCUUCCAAGUCAACUUCACUCAGUUGCUAUAGAUGAAGGUCAAAAUGUGGAAAAUGGCUUGAGUCCGGAAUUUCAAAAUGUUUUAAAUAAUUACAAUCAACCCCAAACUGUACCAAAUCAACAAAUUCCAAUGCCUACGAUUCAUCAAGGAGGUGGAAAUAAUGUGCAAGUGCCAAACCAACCCGUUUUGGUGCAGGGCAAUGGCAAUCCAUCAGCCGAAUUAGAUAUUCCACCAUCAGUCGAUUUGGAUGCUCCAGGGGCAGAAUUUGGAUUAGAUGUAAGAGUUGAUGAUGCUUCAACAAAAUCACUUACAACUGAAACUCAGAAGAAAUCAAAGAGUUCUGUAGAUGAUUCGAAGCAAAAUACACAACAUACUCAAAAUGCAACAGAAGGAAAUCAAAAUUCGGGAUCAAGUCGAGCUAGAAGAUCUGCUAACGAUCCUGUAGUUUUUCCAGCGGACGAUUCUGAAACGCAGCAAGUCAAAAAAAUACCAGAUGUAAGUGAUCAAAAUUCAACGCAACCAGAAGAACUUGAGUCCCGUUUCGGUCUCUUUGGUGGCGGUGGCCAUGGUGGACCGCUUAGAAAGGUGAUUCACAACGCGCUUAGUAACAUAUUUAAUGGAAAUGAAAAUGAUAGAAGCCAAGGUCCAUAUCAAGCGCCAAUUGGGGCUUAUCAUAACGUUUAUGAGCGUCCACCUAGUGAAACACCACACAUAUAUUCUGAACCUCAUCAUCAUCAUAACCAACAUCAUCACGGAAGCUCUGGGUUCCGUCCACAAGACCAACAUAACCAAAAUGUGCCACAAAAUCAAGUGCCUAAUCGACCAAUUCCACAAAAUCAGACACCCAAUCAGUAUCAGCAGCCACAGCCCUAUCCACAACAGCCAUAUCCAUAUCAGCAGCAGCAACAACAACAACUUGCAAAUGCAAAUAGCGUUGCUCAAAAUCAAAAUUCACAAUCAAAUCAGAAUACUGCAUCAAAUACGCAUUCUUCGAAUGUACAAAAUCAAAAUGGCAAUUUUCAAAAUAAUGGCGGCUCAAGCAUUGCAUCAAAUCUUGGCCACGAUGGGUCUGGACAAUUGAGUGCUGCAAACACAGAUCAACAAAGCUAUCAAACAGCUCAAGGUUUUGGUGAGAAAAACAAUGCCCAAAGUCAAUCCGCGAACUUUGACAAGAAUGGAAAUUUGGGAACAUCUUCAUCCAAUAGUGGCACACAGCAUGAAGUCGGACCGGAUGGUGAACGUAAUAAAGCAAACGGUGUGGCCAAUGCCCAUCAACAAACGCAGCAUGGUAUUUCGGACAGUAGUUCACAAACAUUAUCAGAAACUUUUCAUCAAAAUGGUGUAAGUGGAAACAAAGCAUCCGGUCAAACGUCCUCAAGUUUCCAAGGCAGCGAUGGCUCAAUAUUAAAUUCAAACAGUGGAUCUGAAACACAAACAUGGGGCGGACCACUUCAAGGUACUUCAUCUUCUAGUCAUUCUUCGUCGCAGAGCAUCGGCGGAGCAGGUGGUAGUGUGGGAACGUCAGCUUCAUCUGGAUCUGGGACAGGUCCUCACGGUAAUCAGGCAUACAGUCAAGGCAAUUCAUUCAAUCAAAACCAGUUUGGAGGUGGUGGCGGCGGUGCACAAACGAAUUCAUUUAGUGGAACA